AUAUUGUUUGUGUGUGAUUCGAUAUUGAAUAUUCUAAGAGUUGGGGGCUGAGCACGCGACAUCGAUUAAUAAAAACGUUGUUGAGCUGUCGAAACAUCAACAUUUCGGUUUGUUCCGUCAAAUAGUUAGCUCAGUGUGUGCAAUCAAUCGAAGUGCAAUCGCGAGUAAUUAACAGAAACAAACAAAAAAUAAUCAUGGUGAACGCAAUGGAUAAACUCAUUUUGGUUGCUGCCGUAUUAUGCUGUGUAAUUAGUUUGGCCGCAUGUCAAGAUGUGCCCGAAGCAAACAAUUCCAUAUCAGAUCUGUCAGAAGCUCGUACUUUUGGACAUCAUCUGUUGAAACGCCUUACUUUCGCUAUAAUCCCAACUGCUUUUGUUGUUGGUAUCAUAAUCACUCUUUUGGCUGCUCUGACCGUUGUCUCAAUAAAAGGUCUCGGCGUUGGGGUCAUCCUUUUGAUCAUUGCAAUUGGUCAAAUAUUGGCUCGUACAUUCCAAGCAGCACCAGUGCCAUUACCACCAUACAACUCGCCAAUUCCGCUCGUUUACCAAAGACCAGAGCCAAUCUGGUUCGACAAGCCAGCAGGAUGGUAAACUCCAUCGAAAAUGUUAACCAUGCAUGUUAACUUGUUUAAAUUAAUUUAUUGUCGCACUUAUUCCUAAGCUAAUUUAUUGCAACACCAGUAUUUAUUUAUUUAUUGAAUAAAAAUGUCAAAAUAAAGCAACUAUAAAAAUG